AUGACGUCCCACGCUCUUGCUUCGUGCUUCUCCUGCCGUCGCAGUAAGCGUCGCUGCGAUAAAUCCCUCCCAUCAUGCCAGCUUUGCAUUCGGAAGGGCUUGAAGUGUAACUAUCCCCACCGCCGUGGCCAACGUUCACCCUCGCCCCCUCACAGUUCUCGUGGGUCAGAAACUGCCACUGAUUCCGAUUCUUCUACAUUUUCUUCAUUUGCUGUGACUUCUGCCAUUAGUUUUCUUGCACCAGAUCUGUUCCGACAAGCUCGUUUGGAAAUUCCUCGCCUCAGGUUGGAUAUCCCCGACGAUGUUACUUCCCAUUUGGGUGACAGCCAGCAGGUGCGCGAGACAGCCAACAAUUUUUUCCAGAUGACAUGGAUGCCCAUAAUCAGUAGGAAGUACUAUCUAGCUGCUGUACUCAAUCCGUUAUCUCCUUCGCGACGCUCGACCGCUUUACUUGCUCUAUGCAUGAAGUUGUGCUGUUUACGAGUUGAAGGCGCAGAGAGGAAUUCAUUAUAUCGAUUAGUCAAAAAAUUCUACUCCGAAGUGGAGAGUACAGAAGGCUUGUGUGUCCAAAUCCUCCAAGCGGGCAUAUUUAUUGCAGUUUUUGAAAUCGGCGAUGCUAUCUACCCUGCGGCAUAUUUGACAGUGGGUGCAUGUGCUCGUUAUGGCGUCGCCAUGGGCCUGGACAAGAUCAAUAAAGACAGGAUGGGCGACGCUCAUAAUUUUUCAGCACCGUGGAUGGAGAUCGAAGAGAGGCGCAGGGCUUGGUGGGCAGUCUUGAUCUUGGACCGAUUCCUGAACGUCGCAAACCCUUGUCGGGCCUUAGCGACAGAAGAUCCCACAUUUGAAGAUUUCCUCCCUGUGGAUGAUGACCAAUUCUAUGACGCGACCUCACAACCAGAGAAUGCGGUCCCCAUAUCCCAGGGGUUUAUAUUCAAGAUCGGCCACUUCGGCAGACUAGCCCAGGCGACAUACCUUAUCAGCCAGGUUCUUUAUACAAUCAGAUCCGAUUCUGCAGUAAAUGAUUAUUUCAACGGAAGCGGCAGCUUGUCUGCGGAUAUGGGACAACUAUGUCGCACUCUUGAAGCUCUGGUUCGCGCCAACGAGAUGGAAAUUACACUCCGGAGGUUGACCUUUUGCUGCCAGAGCUUGGUUGCUUACAGUGGCAUUUUUCUCCUCCAACAGCAUUUGUGGCAGCGGUUGAAGGUAAAAUCCACACAGGAGGCACAGCAGCAUACAUUUAUCGAGACUCGAAUUGCCAUUGAUACGCUUUGCCGAAUUGCAUCAGCACUGCAGGAGAGAUCUAAUAUGGUAGAUCUACUGCAGGGACAAUGCACCUUUUUCCUCGUAAAUAUCGUCUAUCAAGGAGUUUCAGCGCUUAUGACCAUUGGGCAAGGAAAUCCAUCGGCAGAGAUCAGGGAGAGCAUCGAUACGUUAAGCUAUUUGCUUGGGAAUAUACGAAGCCGUUGGCCACUUGCUGGUAAGGUCCUUGCUAAGGAGGGUUCAAAGUGA